AUGGAAGCGUGUAGCGGAGGAGGAGGAUCUGAACGCGGUGAAGAGAAAGGGUUAUUCGAAUACUUUGGUUGGGUUUAUCACCUUGGCGUCAAUUCCGUUGGCCGUGAAUACUGUCACCUUCGAUUCCUUUUCGUCAGGGGCAAGUGCGUCGCCAUGUACAAGCGUGACCCUCACGAGAACCCUGACAUUAAACCCAUUAGGCAGGGAGUCAUAGGUGCCGCACUAAUGGUGGAGGAGUUAGGACAACGGAAGGUCCACCAUGGGGAUCUUUAUGUAAUACGCUUCUAUAAUCGAUUAGAUGAGACCAGAAAGGGAGAAAUUGCUUGUGCUACAGCCGAGGAAGCCCAGAGAUGGAUGGAAGCAUUUGAGCAUGCUAAGCAACAGGCUGAAUAUGAGCUGUCAGAAGGAAGUAGUGCCAGAGACAGACUAAACCCGGAAAUGGAGAUCAAUCUGGAAGGAAAUCGACGAAGAGUGAGGCGGUAUGCUUCUGGCUUAAGGAAGUUUAUAAAAAUUGGCCAAGGCCCAGAGACACUCUCACGUAUAUCAUCAAAGAUUUUUGGUAGUUCAGAUGGGUUUGAAGGGGACACCGGAGAUGCAUUUGAAGUAAAUCAAUGGAAAUGUGUUCGUACCAUGGCUGGCAUUAGAAUUUUUGAGGAUGUUUCUGAUAACAAGAAUGGUAAGGGUGUCCUUGUUAAAUCAGUUGGUGUUAUUGAUGCAAGUGCAGAUAGUGUUUUUGAAGUGUUUUUAAACACUGAACGACAGAAAAGAUAUGAGUGGGAUAUGUUGAUGGGUGACUUGGAGUUGGUAGAGUCUUAUGAUGGCCAUUACGACAUUGUUUAUGGAACAUACGAUCCUAAGUAUUUAACCCGGUGGCAUUCGAAGCGGGAUUUUAUUUUCUCUAGGCAAUGGUUUCGGGCACAAGAUGGAACGCACACUAUCUUGCAAUUUCCUGCUAUACAUAAGAAAAAGCCUCCAAGAUCAGGAUAUCGACGAACAAAAAUUAAUCCAUCCACAUGGGAGAUCAGAUAUUUGAACACACCUAUGGGAUCAAAUAGAUCAAGAUGUUUAGUGACCCAAACUUUAGAGAUACACUCUGCAUACUGGCAUCGAUGGAAGAACAGCCAAUGCUCAAAAUUUGAGAAGAGCAUCCCUUAUGCAUUGUUGUGCCAAGUGGCAGGUCUAAAGGAAUAUAUUGGAGCCAAUCCGGCACUCCACCAACAAUAUGCCACCACUGUUGUUCAUUCCAAAAUCUCUGAUGCUUCUAUGUCCCCUGCUGCGUAUAUAGAUGCAGAAGUGCAAGAUGAGUUUUAUGAUGCAAUCGCUGCUGAGUCGUCAUCUGAUGAAGAAAGUGAUGAGGAUAAGGAGCUAGAUCAGGAGCAGAGAGUCAAACAAAAGCGAACUGCAGCUCCAGAACUAACAAAAGAAUUAGACCCUCAAGCAAGACCUAUCUCAAUUGAUGCAUGUGACUUGCAUGGUUCUUUACGCAAAGGAGAGAAUGAGAAUGACACAGACUGUUGGACUUCUCCUAGUGGUGAAGGAUUUAUGAUUAGAGGAAAGAACUACCUGAAAGAUAAUUCUAAGGUAGUUGGAGGAGAUCCUCUUCUCAAGCUCAUUGCAGUUGAUUGGUUAAAAGUUAAUAAACCUGUAGACAAAAUUGCACUGCACCAAAGAAAUCUGGUUCAGUCAGAAGCUGGGAAAAAGCUUCCAUUUGUCCUUGUAUUUAAUUUACAGGUUCCAGCUAAACCAAACUACAGCUUGGUUCUAUAUUACGCAUCUGACAGACCUAUAAAUAAAGAUUCUCUACUGGCUAAGUUUUUAGAUGGAAAUGACACAUUUCGGGACUCCAGAUUCAAAUUAAUUCCAAGCAUAGUUGAGGGAUAUUGGAUGGUCAAGCGAGCUGUUGGGACAAAAGCUUGCUUACUGGGGAAAGCUGUGACUUGUAAAUACUAUAGACAGGACAAUUUUAUGGAGAUAGAUGUAGAUAUUGGAUCAUCCUCUGUAGCUAGGAGUGUCAUUGGCCUUGUUUUGGGAUACGUCACAAGCCUAGUUGUUGACCUUGCAAUUUUGAUAGAGGCAAAAGAAGAGGCAGAGCUCCCAGAGUAUAUUCUUGGAACUGUCCGAUUAAACCGCUUAAAACCUGAAUCUGCGGUACCAUUUGAGGUUUGA